GUGAAAAUCAGCCUUCUCUGUAACAACAGUGUCACAGCAGCUGUAUCCAAGAUCCUCUCUGAGUGCAAUAAGGCAAGGUGCUUCCCUGGAGCAUGGAGAGGUUACGAGCAAGACUGGGGCACCUUUCUGCAGCUUGGUUGAGAGUCUGUGUCUAUUGUGAAGACUUUUUGUUCCCAAAGGUACACAGGACCAUGGUAGAUCAAUGGUCAGUUUACUCCAAGCCUGUUCCAGCAAACGGCAGAGAACUGUGGGCCUUAUUUCUACAGUGUUUCUGCAUCACAGUGGUGAUAGGAGGCCUCUUUUACAACUGGAUGUUUGCUUCCCUGGAGUAUUCGUGGCAUCUCUCUACUGCAAUUGCCGUUUCCUUCAGUCUGCUCCUUCUGCUGACCCUUUUUUUGGUGCAUCCUGCCCGUUGUGCCUUCAGUAUAACGAUGCCAACUUUAGGUACAAAACAAGGUCGGAAGCUUCUCUUGUCUACGUGCGUCAUGAUUGUGGCGGUUAACGUAACACCGAACAUUAUAAGUAACAUUAAAACCAUACUGCAGGUUAUUGAAUGCAUCUGCAAGAAUUACUCAGAGAGCCUUUUGAACUCAACCACUCUUUUAGGAGAAGCGUCCCAGGAGUUUGGAGGUGUAAUCCAAACAAUUGUUGAUGACAAUAAUGUUUGGAGGCCUAUGAAUGGGCAUUUUAAAUUUGCACUACUUAAUAACAGCACCUUGGUUAAUCAGCAAAUGCAUCUUGCUGGUGAGAGAAUUAGGAACAACUUUUUGGUGGUUGAAGCACUGGUAAAAGAUUCGGUACGAGCAGGCAACAGACUGGUAGCUGGCCUCUCCAUGCUCUAUCUCUGUUUGGAGUCCGCCUGCUAUUUGAAAAAUUAUCUUACCGACCUCCGCUUUGACAAUUUUUACAUCACCAAGAAACUGGAGCGUUUAUCCAUGGACAGAAAAGCGGCUCAUCUGCUGACAGGCUCAUCCAAACAUCUCCUUCGGCGAACAGGUCUGAAGUUGUCCCGGGAGGAACUGAUGCUCUGCCUUGUGCAAAUGAUGUUCCUUACUGUGGUCCUGAUGCUGAUGCUGGUCAUCGUUGCCAUGGACCACUUUGCGUUCAGCGUAGCAGACGCUGCAGUGAGAAAUGUGGCUCAGUUCUCCGUGGUGCCUGUGACUCUCGGCAUCAAAUACAGUGCAAAAAUAAGGACCUUACCCUUCCUCUGGAAACUUUUCCAGAUUCCUUACGGAGGGCUACUAAUUCAGGACUUUGAAAAAAGUUACCGUCAUUAUCUGAGCUUCAGCUCUGCUCAUUGCAGGAUCAGCCCACCAAGACCUCCCAAUAACUCGGUGGUGCUUGUUGUCGGGCUGCUCUACUGCAUCAUCUACGCCACGGUAUUUCUGGAAACCUAUGCCCACCGCUCAUGCAGAAAAAUUGCAGCCUCCUUCUUUGAGAGCCAAGAGGAGAAGCGAGCCCUUUACCUCUACAACAAGCUGUCCAGGAAGUUUGAGGAGGAGAAAAACUCUGUGAGAAACUAAGAACAGUUUUAGGAAUUCAAGGAUUGCCUGAGGCCUCUGGGCAGUAGCUGGGCUCAGGUUUCUGGAGUGGGAUCACAUAGCUGCCUUCUCUUGGAUAAUUUGUUUUCCAGAGUCAGAGAAAUGUUUGGAAUCUGCCAAAAA